CUCAGCUCUGGAUCGUUCCUGUUGAAGACAGCUGCAGAGUCACUGUUCCCCACCGUACCUUCACGUGAUCAUCCGUUGCUGUCUCCUCCAAUCAAGUUUCUCCAGUGGUGGCCCCUGCCAGUACCAUCCCUAUCUGAAUCCAGGACUGGAAGUUGAAAACAAAGCAUCUGGAACGCAGAACCGGGGUAACCCACAGGUGGAGCGCAUCAAGAAGAAGUGGACUGGAAGCGCUUCCGGUGUGCGGCUUCUCUUUCAUGUGUUUAGGGAUGUGCAGCAGGUUAGUGACUCUUUCUCUUCUUAGGCCACGCCCACUGCAUGUAUUAUAUACUGUUCCUGCGGUUGAAUGGCUUCUAUGGGGCUCACAUCAAUACACCUUAUAUUUGGAGUGAAAAACGCCAAUAAUGGAGCCAAAUAAACGGUACCACUUGAAACCUGUCACAACUUGGUGGUAGUUUGCUGUGACAAAGUUCGCCAGGCAUGAUUGUUGCCAGUGGCAACGUGUUGUUUGUUAUGCAUGAGUGUGCACUUCCCCUUUAAGGCGUCUUCCUUCCCAUUCUGGUUUGCACAGGGUUAAGAGGUGUGUUAGGUGGAGCUGGGUGUAGCCUCUUGGCGCUUAUUGUUUGGAGUUGUGAGCCUGAGUUGAGAUUGUCUUGAGGAGCUGGUGCUUUUCCAUCUGCCCAGUCCUUGAGGGCCACCUUAUGGGACAGCGAUGUCACCUGAUGUCACCACUUUGUGUUUGUUUCUGUCACCCCACCUAACUUGUAUGUUUGGUAUGGGUUUAUGUUUGGGUUUGUUGUUAUGUCUGGUUUGGUGUUUCAUGUCUGGCCUGUUUGGUGUUUCAGAUCAGCACGGAUGCCUGAUGCCAGACAUAUCCUUUGUAUGUCCUAUACCUCUGGAAGGGGGUCCCUGGAGUUCCCCGGAGGGGGAACUACAAGCAGCUCGGCCUAGUGCACCAUGAUACUUGCCUCAUGGUGGUCCAGGUUGUUUCUACUGGAUUCUGUGUUUGGUGUUUGUGCUGGGUCCUGCCUGGUGUGUGUGUUUGGGCCUAUGCGCAUUUCCAGGAUCCAGUGGUAGCGGCGUGGAUGGCUCGAGUUCCUGUUCAGCUGUGUCAGGUAGGUGUUUAUGUUGGUCCUGUUGACAGUGGUGUUUUCUGCCUCUGGACACUUACCUGUUGUGUCGUCAACUGCUGGCUGUUUUUUUCCCCUUUGUUGCUAAGCCUGUUGGAGACUCCAGUUCCUUUGUGUCUUGAAGGAAUCGGUUGUCUACACCUUCUGAUGCCAUGUUGCAGGGACCGUUAGGAUCAUUAGGGCCCAGGUUUGAGAGUAUGAGCCCCCCUAACAUCGAGGGCAGCUCAUAUAGUGAGGAGAUCAGGGAUAGGAUUUAGGGAUGCUUAGUUGGUUUCCAGCUCCAUUUUCCCUGUUUCCAGGCCUAGCUGCUACCUUAUAUUCCCCAUAUUGUACUGUGGGGGGUUUCUCCCGCUCCCCACCGUGACAGAACUGAACCAGAGUAUGGGAAAUGUUUUUUUACAGUAGAAAUCAAUUUAUGAAGUUAUAACUUCGGUUCAUCAGAGCCAACGCUACUGUACAGAGCGCUCGCUUCGGAUGUUUCACAGAACGACUCCCAUUAUUACUAGAAUUGCCAAAAAUAAUUUUUAUUUUUUUAUUUUCAGUUUUGGGGUCGUGGUUGCCGCACUGCAACCCCAUUUCUAUGUCUACCCUGAGAUCUUUGGUCACACCCAAAAUUGUUGUAUAGCCCUAGCCUAAAGGCUCAUCUCAGUGACAGACAGUAGUCAUCAAGGCAGCUCCUGGCCUGCAUGCUGCUAUAUGGAAGUAAGGAUUUGUUGUACAUUAAUAUUUUGAGGUGAGGUCCUCCUGGCUUCAGUUGUGACAUGCUGCUUGUGGCCCUGUCACCGCUGAGGCCAGUCAUUGGCUGCAUUGGAUCAUGAGAUCGUACCCUUGCUUUGACGGAUGUAAACACCACACGGGGACUGGAACAUGGACAUGCAACAGGGAGCAGGUAAGUAUGAAUCUUCAGUUUUUGGAGGCACUGUAUAGAUAUAUCCCAUAUGUGGCCCUAGUAUGCUAUUAAACAUAAAUAUCUGCCUCAGAAUUGAAGGAGUACAAUAACAAAUUACAUAUUAAAACAAUUAAAUGUCGUUUGUCGCUCAAAAUAUUUAGUUUUAAGAAGGUUUAACUGGAGAAAAGGCAUCCCAAAAAUUGUUAUGCCAUUUCUCUCGAGUACAGCUGUUUGGGUAUGCAGCUGGUCUCAGAAGGGAUGGAGCACCAUUUGGCUUCUGAAAUUCAGAUUUUAUUGCAACACCUCUGAAGUACUAGUACAGUAGAAACUCCAUGAAGUAGCCCUGUUUCUGAAGCUACACCCACCCCCAAACAAUUCAGCUAGGGAUGUAGUGAUGGUUUUGACACCACAGGCAUUUCAUAAACUUAAUUAACAUUGGAUCAUGAAAAUUCAGAAUUAUUUUUUCCAAUAGAAAUUGGUUUAGCCCACAUUUUCAUUUUUGCAAGGUUUAAAAGGAGAAAAUACCCCAUACGUUGUCAUAAACUGCUGUUUUGUAAUACAGCAGCACUCAGAAGGAAAGGAGCCACAUCAGGAUUUUGAAACAUGGAAUUUGCUGAAAGGUUUUUUAAUAUUUUUGUUUACAUUGCUGUUUGACUUCUUUUUUUUUUUUCAAAUAAUAUUUUAUUGUUAAUAACAACAGCAGUGUACGCGGACCCUAAACAAUAUCUCAUACAAUUAGGGUACACAAAUACCAUCUCAUAUAAGUACAAGCAAUAUCUAGUUAUAGCACAUCCUUUAAGGUACACUUUCAUUAAUAUCCUUCUGUACCUCAGUGUGCUCGAAUUUAUUAAACAUAACUGAACAAGACAUAUUCUUAUUCUCAAGUUUCUCCCUGGUUUGUUCCUAUACAGGUUCUUUGCAAAAGCAAUAUACCCAGCGUCCCCCUUAUCUCGGCUUGUUUUGUUGUGGGACAAGCUGUAGUUUUUAUUGGUUCCAUUUUGGGGUACAUAUGACCCUUUGAUCACUUUUUACUUAAUUUUUUUGGGAGGUGAGCAAAAAGUUUAAUUCUGUCAAUGUUUUUUUAUUUUUACAGCAUUCAUUAUGAAGUAUAUAUGAUAUGAAAACUUUACGUGCCAGACGAAGCACAUACGGACACCCUAUAGGCAGAGUGAGAGAAGCUUAGCCGGUAAGCAGGCCGCAGCCUAUGGGGGGAAGAGCUAUCCCGGAAACUAGGCUCGCCAGGAAGGAGAGGAGAGCAGGAGAUCUGUCAAAAACCGAUUAGAGGAUUUGGUACAAUCCUUUUUCUGUUUUCUAAGGAUCAAAGUGUUAUGGAACCAACUAACCAGAACUCAAACGUAGACAGACAACAAUGGAACAAUGAGGGGAGUCAGGAGUCCGCCUCAUCUGUUGAGAGCAACAUCCCACCAAUAAAUCAUGGACAGACACAAUAUCUAUCUAGCCAUUUUAAGGAGGAACAAUUCUUGUGUGAUGGAGGAAAUGAAUCAGCCCCCAAUAUUUAUACACCAACCGAUCCUACACAAGAAAAUCAGCUUGAUCAUAUUAAGGAGGAACCAGUCGCUUCUGAUGGAACAGCCCUCAGAAAUCCUAAUACACCCAUAGAUGACAUUGAAUAUCCAUCUGCUCAUAUUAAGGAGGAAUCUUGUGAUGGAAGAAAGCUCAUGGUCUCUGACAUUGAUGUGUUUAAAAGCCAUACACAUGGGUCAUCUACUUGUGUUAAAGAGGAACCAUUCUUAAAUGAUAAAAGAGAACACACUAACACUUGCACUCUCACAGAUAAUAUACAAUAUCCAUCUACUCUCAUUAAAGACGAAUCAGCCGCAGGUAAAGAAAACAAUGAUACUGACUCACCUAUAGUUAUUACACAAUAUUCAUUAUGUCAUAUUAAAGACAAAUUAGACACAACUGAGGAAGACACUGAUAUUGAUAUGCCAACAGAUAAUACUCAUAUUAAGGCUGAAACAGGGUCAGGCGAUGGAGAAAACCACACAGAUGCUUCCUCAUGUCGUACAGAAACACCUCUUUAUACUGUUCAUGUUAAAGAGAAAUCACUUUCAUAUGAAGAAGAUAAUCUGUCAGAGUAUAAACUAGUGUGUAUCAAAGAAGAGUCGGUUUCUGGUGACGAUGACAGCACUACAGACAAUGAUAAUUAUUUGUCCACUGAAUGUAUAGAUUCACAGUUAAAUGAAGAAUGGUCACAAAGUGACGAUGGAAACUUGAGUCAAUCAGAAACAAAAUCAUUUUCUUGCUCAGUGUGCGACAAGCAAUUUAGUCGUAAAUCACAUCUUUGUAGACACAAUAAAGCCCACAGUGGUUUGAAACCAUUCUCUUGCACUUAUUGUGGGAAGUGUUUUUCACGUCUAGAACAGUGCAUAACACAUGAAAAGAUCCAUACUGGUGAAAAACCAUUUUCAUGUUCGUAUUGUGACAAGAGAUUUUCUCAGAAGUCCCAUGCGACUGUUCACGAGAGGUCCCACACAGGAGACAAACCAUUCGCUUGUUUCUAUUGUGGAAAAAGGUUUUCUCAAAAGGCAAGACUGGUUGUCCAUGAAAAAUACCACACGGACGAUAAAAGAUUUUCAUGCUCUUUCUGUGGGAGAUGUUUCCUACGUCAAGAACAGUGUGAGGCUCAUCAAAGAACGCACAGUGGAGAGAAGCCAUAUCCAUGCACAUACUGUGAUAAAGGCUUUAAUCAAAGAGCACAGCUUAUUAUACAUGAGAGAGUCCACACAGGGGAGAAACCAGUCUCCUGUCCGGACUGUGGAAAAUGUUUCUCCCAAAGAUCUAACCUUAUUACCCACCAAAGAAUUCACACUGGAGAAAAACCCUACUCUUGUUCUUACUGUGAGAAAUGUUUCAACACCCAAACAAGUCUGAUUCUACACAUGAGAGGGCACACAGGAGAGAAACCAUAUUCUUGUGCAGAAUGUGGGAAAUGCUUUACCCACAAAUCAGUCUAUAGCAAGCAUCAAAGAGUUCAUACAGGCGAGAAGCCAUUUUCAUGCACUGUAUGUGACAGGCGGUUUUCUCAGAAGGCUCCACUUAUAGCACAUCAGCGGACGCACACAGGAGAGAAGCCUUUCUCAUGUUCUGAUUGUGGAAAGAAGUUUUCUCAGAAAGGACAUCUUGUGACCCAUCAAAGAAUUCACACUGGGGAGAAGCCAUUUUCAUGUUCAGAAUGUGGGAAUAGUUUUAACACUCAGUCUAGUCUUGUUUUUCAUCAAAGACUACAUACUGGAGAGAAACCAUACCCUUGUACUGUAUGUGAAAAAAGUUAUACCAAUAAGUCUCAGUUGGUAAAACAUCUGAAGAUCCACUCAGGAGAAAAACCAUUUGAGUGUCCCGAAUGUGGUAAAUGUUUUACCCGUAAGGCAGACUUUGUUGUUCAUCAGCGGGUCCACACUGGGGAGAAACCCUACCCAUGCUCCGAAUGUGGAAAACGAUUUACCAUCCACCAAAACCUUGUCCUACACCAACGUAUCCACACCGGAGAGAAACUUUGUUUUUGUUCAGAAUGUGGAAAAUGUUUUACUCGGAAGUCUGAUUUUGUGAUCCACCAAAGGGUACACACAGGGGAGAGGCCAUACUCAUGUUCGGAAUGCGGCAAGAGUUUUAGCAUUCAUCAAAAUCUCAUUUUGCACCAGAGAAUUCAUACAGGAGAAAAACCAUAUUUGUGUUCCGAGUGCGGUAAAACUUUUGGUCAGAAAUGCACAUUGAAUAGACAUGUGAAAAUACAUAAGGGGGAAAAACGACAUUCUUCCAAAUAAAAGAUGAACAUUUUGCUGUACAGAUUUAUAUUACUGAGUUUAUAUUAUAAUGUUCCUAAACAUAUUAUAUGUCAGGCUGUAAACACGUUUCUGAAAUAUCACAACCAUUUUUUUAGAUGUUGUAAAAGAUUGAAGUGGGGCACUCUUUAUAAGUAAAGGGA